AGGCCGUAGCGCCGAGUUGGGUGUAGCGCAAAGUGCGCAGGCGCGGAGAGCUGCCAGCUGCUGCCAGUGGGCGUGGUCCGGGCAGAGCGGAGGCUCAGUCAGUGAAGGCUGGAGCGGAGUGCGGGGUCUGUGUCGGGCACCGAGGAGAAGGGUCCCUCAUUGGUCAGAGAUGGGGUUUUAAGGGGUGACCGGUCUAAUCUGGAUCUUGUAUAGCCCAAGGCCCCCUGGAGACGAAACGUUUCACAUCAGAAGAGACUGCGGGGCAGGGGUGUCGCCAUGGAGACCCCCGACGUGCCAGUGGGCAACCUGAUAGACCUGGAUACGGAACCCCUGGUCGUGAUAACGGAGUGCCCCUCUUCGCUGGACGCAGAUGAGAUCCUGUCGCUGGAAGUGAACCCGCCUGAAAACGGCGAUAGGGAGGAGGAGAUCGAGAGCGACGCCACAGAGUCUGCCGACAGCGAGAACGACAUGAUGUCACCGAGCCGCCGCAGCUGGAACCACUCCCAGAGGUCCUCUUCCGAGUCCUUCUCGUCCAAUCAGAGCACGGAGUCCGCCCAGGAUGAGCAAAUGGCAGAGCAAAAAGAGUUCAUCCGGAAAUACGUAGAAAAGAUCUUUACCGGCGGGGAGGACAUGGACCAGGAGGAGAAGGCACGAUUUGGCGAGCUCUGCAGCGCCGAGAAUGGAAAGGGAAGAGAAUGGUUUGCUCGCUUUGUCAGCGCUCAGCGCUGCAAUUCGAAGUGCGUCUCGGAGCAGACCUUCUACAGGCUGGUGCAGUCCUUCGCCGUGGUCCUCUUUGAGUGUCACCAGAUGGAUGACUUUGGUCCAGCCAAGAACCUGAUGACCAUGUGCUUCACGUAUUACUACGUUGGGAAGCCUCACGUGUCGCCCACAGAGUCGCGGGAGAAGCCGGUGAGCACCGGCAGCAUUGACGCCUAUCUAAAAUCUGCUAACAGCUGGCUGGCUGAGAAGAAGGACAACGUGGAGCGGCUCCUGAGGACCACCUCCGUCACCACCGAGAACAUGAAGGGCUUUUUCGGGGGGCUGGAGAGCAAACUUAAGGGUCCGCCCGUCAAAAAGAAUGGCCAAUCCGAAGACUCUCCAAGAGAGAUGCCGUCCAAUGACAUUCCCCUGCAGAGUCCCGAUGACAAGAAGGGGGAGAAGAUUUACCUGUACUCUCAUCUGAAGCAACAACCAAUCUGGCACACGCUCAGGUUCUGGAACGCAGCCUUUUUUGACGCUGUGCAUUGCGAGAGACGGAAGCGAUCGCCCACGACCAGAGGGAAUACUGGGGAGGAAGAUGAGAGAGACAGGUGGUAUCACAUGACGCAGGAGGAGCGAGACGACAGCCUGCAAUUCAACGAGAACAUCACCUUCGGGCAGCUCGGGACCUUCACACACAACAUGUUGGCGUUCGGACUCAGCAAGAAGCUGUGCGGCGAUUUUUUAAAAAAACAAGCUGUGAUCGGAAACCUAGAUGAAGAAAAAUAUAAACAGCUCACAGACCACAUCGAGCAAAUGGCGGUGGAGUAGCGCAAGGGGAGGAGCCAGUACCCCCCUAACACACCUCUCAGUAUUGGAAAGAGGGAAUUUGCGAGAACGCUGACGAUCUGCAUGCUGUCCUUUUUUGCCGCCCUUCUCUAGAGACUGUGAUAUUUUGUCUACGAGGACGAGCGUGGGUAGGGGAGGGCAAAAUACAGGUGGGGAAGUAGGGGGGGCUGUAAAAAUUGGUGUUCUACAGCCCCCCCUAGUGGUGGAGAGAAUACAGGUCUCGGCAUCCCCUGCCAGCCCGGGACUUGUAAUUCCCCCACCAGGGGGCAGCUUCUGGUCGCUUCCGCAUGCUGUAGAGUCUAUAUUUUCCGGAAUAGUCUUUUGUCUACUACAGAGAUCAGAGUAUUUAUUAGAAGUGUUGUCUGUUGUAUAUUUUGGAUCAGCAGUGUUCUAAGGGAGAGAGAAAUACAUUCUUUAUUUUUUUAUGAGCAAGGACGGAGUGGGAGUUGAUCCCCGUUCCCCUCUGAGUGUGCCGCACACACCGCGGCCGGGGACACGGGGCGCGAUUUUAAUACAUUUUGUCGAUCCGGGGAAAGUCUCCUGGAUCGCUUUCUUGUGACUUUUUUGGUGUUUUUUUUCGGUACAGUGAAUAGAAUUGUAGUUACAACGUAUGGAUGUUUGAGUCGUUUUACUCAUUUCAUGACCAGUACUUGGAAUUGGACUACUGCAGGGAAAAUGUUUUUGUCUUGUUUUUUUGUUAAAGGAGAUGUGAGAGCGGGAACUCGGCAAGCGGGCGUUUUUUUUUUUUUUUGUUUUUUUUUUCAAAGGCCGAAGUUUUAAAAAUGUUACAAGUUAAAUUGCGGCCUUGAAAUGUUAAAAUGAGCGAAAUACAUUCCAAGGGCCUCAAACGGUGCAAAUUCCCCCCAAAGAUGUAGAAAAAAA